AAUAAAUGCUAACAAUCAUUCAGAAACCCCCCCAUCAAAAUGACUCAAUCCAAGGACCAGAAGAUCGCCGAGACCCAGGCCAACCUCCCUCUCCCCGAUCAGCCCCCUAAGGCUUCCGACUGGCAGUCCGCUGAUGCCCGCACCGUCAACGUCGGCGCUGGCAAGCAGGAGGGCCCCAUUGGCACCGACUCUGCCGCUCAGUCUGGUCUCCGUGAGCCCGCUACCAAGGGCGAGGAGGUGGACCUGAGCAACGUUGGUCGUGAGGGUGUUGAGAAGCGUCAGCAAUAAGCCUUCUCUCUAUCUUGUACAAUAUGAAAGGAAAUGGAAUGGAAGGAAGAACAAGAGAGGAGGUUAAUGAUACCUACGAAUGAUCAAUGAAAUGGACCGCGAGCAAUGAAUCCUUCGCUGCUCGAUGCAUCAGUUUCUAUUUCCCUCUCCCGGUACGACAGAAUAAUUCAGUGACUUGUGCAGAUACUCAGGGUAAUACUCG